AUGCCGAUCUACGAGGAAAAAGUGAUUUCCCCGUUUGCGCUUCACUUCACGCAGGAGCAUAUCAAGACCCUUUUUCAGGACGGGCGGGUUGUGGAGGACACCAUCCCAGAGAUCCAGGUUGAACAGGCAGAUGGUGAACACUUCGACCUCAUCCUUAAGGCGCCAUUUCCGAACAUCGAAAUCCUGCGAUGGCAUCCGCUGCACGCUGAUGACAGCAAAGAGGCUCAAUGGUUUACUUUGGACAAUCGACGCCUGUACUGCCUGCAGCGCAUGGCAGCUGAGCAUUGGCCAAAGCGGGUGGGUGCCUUAGUGGACAUCCUGUAUGCAGAUCCCGGCAGGAUCCGGAAGAAGUACGACUCCACCACAGAGGGCCGGUCUGUUACCAUCUCUCCGUCUGUGAAAGUGGAAGCAAUCCGCAGAUGGGAUUGGUGUGUCCAAGUCGAUGAGAAUGCCGAAGCCGUUCUGGUGGCGAAAGCCCUGGAGGCUGUAAGAGCAGACUGUGCAAAGCCAUCUGUGGCGGAGCUAUGCAAUGUCCCGCCUCCGGCCUUUGAAGCCGUGUUCAAGGACCAGACCGCCAGCCUGGUGUCCAUCCUCGCGGCAUCCUUGGCUCGGCCGACCGCGACCGAGACCGAAGGGGCCGAAGCGGCCGAAGGGGCCGCGGAGACCGAGACCACGACGGAGAGCACCGUGGCCUCGGAGGGGGAAAGCGGAUUGGAGAGCACCCCGCGGGACAUCCCUUCGGGGCCGAAGGUGGAGGCGCAAGCCAUGGUGUGGCGGCCCAAAAGCGCAGCCCUGAGAUCCGACCCAUCCGACCCAUCCGACCCAUCCGACCCAUCCGACCCAUCCGACCCAUCCGACCCAUCCGACCCGCUGGAAGAAGAGGUCAUCGCGCAGGUGCAAGCUCAGCUAGCGCAGCCCGGGCGCAGAGGCUUUGUGUGGAUCGAGCAAUGGCACCAGAAAUACCAGAAGCGACUGGGGAACUUGCGCGCCUUCUUGGAGAGCAAGCCAGACGUGUUCACUGUAAAGCCAGGGAAGGGUCGAGCGUACAGGGUGGAGGCAGUGGCAGUGUCUGCAUCAAUCGACAAGAGCUCUGGCAAGUGGCGUCGAUCUGGAAGGUGGAACCGCUAUGAACGCAUGUCCGGAUAA